CUUGCCACCAAACUCCUCCUCCUCCUCUCCCAUUCAACCUCACCAAUCCCACAAACAGAAAGAACAAAAAGACACAUUAGGGAUAUGGGGCUAAGCACUAAUCUCUAUCCUCCAACUUUCAUUGAAUGGCUCAAACCACCUUCAUCAUCUUCACCUUCUACCCAACAACAAGUUCAUCUUUCACUUCCUGUCCCAACUCAUCAUCAUCAUGUCUUCUACCCACAAGUGGAGGAGGAGGAGGAAGAACCAUCCACCAAAUGCUUGCCUCUCCUUAGCAAGCUCAUGAGCAACCACCAAGAUUAUUCCAACUUGAAGCUGGAGGAGGAAGAAGAAGGAGAAGCCAUGGAGUUAGUUCAUGAGGGAAUUAGUAGCAACUACAUGAGUAGUAGUUGUACUAGUACUACUACUACUACUAAUAAUAACACUACUGUUGUUGAAGUUAAGCAAGAGGCUGAGAAGAAGGUCAAGGUUGCUCUCCACAUUGGUUUGCAUAGUGUUGUUUCUAGGGAUGAUGUUGUUGUUGAUGAGAACAUGAUGACCAGCAAGGUGUUUGAGUUGAAGGAAACCAAGAUCAUCAAGAACUACUGGAGCUCCCUUGGCUGUGGUGGUGGUGGUGCUGUUGCUAUUACUAAAGGUUCUUCAUUCAACAAGGAGAGCAGGUUCUGGAUCCCAACUCCAGCACAGAUACUUGUUGGCCCUAUGCAGUUUGCUUGCUCCAUUUGUAGCAAGACCUUCAAUAGGUACAACAAUAUGCAGAUGCACAUGUGGGGCCAUGGGUCCGAGUUCAGGAAGGGACCCGACUCACUCAAAGGAACCCAACCGGCCGCAAUGCUGAGGAUGCCGUGCUACUGCUGCGCCCAUGGCUGCAAGAACAACAUCAACCACCCACGAGCCAAGCCAUUGAAGGACUUCAGAACCCUGCAGACACACUACAAGAGGAAGCACGGCGCCAAGGCCUUCGGCUGCAGGAAGUGCGGCAAGACCUUUGCCGUCAAGGGAGACUGGAGGACACACGAGAAGAACUGCGGGAAGUUAUGGUACUGCACCUGCGGGUCCGAUUUCAAGCACAAGAGGUCGCUCAAGGACCACAUCAGGUCGUUCGGGGGCGGUCACUCGCCCCGCGCGAGCCCUUCGCUCGAAGGGUUCGCGGAGGACGACUGCAGCAGGGAGUGCGUCACGAGUGCUGGUACUGAUGAUGAUGAUGACGAGGACGAGGAGGAGGAGUUUGCUUAGCUUUGCAGCGAGCUAGCUGAUCGGCGAUCAUGUGUGAGAGAGAAGUUAACUGGUUUAUUAUGAUCGUCAAUCAUCUGCUUUGAGACAUUUUUAGUUUGUGUAGUGCAAGUUCGAGAGUCUGGAGAGUUUUAUUUUAUCCUGCCUUGUAAUGUAAGAUAAAAGCGAAUUCUCGACUCGAGUUUGAGCCGAGAAUUUCUUUUUAUCUGACGUGUAUGUGGUCAGAGUGUCUGGUCUGGAAAGCUUGUGCUUAGUAGCAAACAUUCUCUGGGAUGGAAGUGAGAUUGGUUUGCUCCGGAGCACUCGCCGGAGGACGAGUUGGCCUCUGAUGUGAUGAAAGGAAAGAAAUAAGGGUAUCUUUAGUUUUGUUGGUUUGGAUGUGACAAGAGUGAUGAAUUAAUUUCUGGUUUUGUGUGUUUGUGUUUUUUAGGCUAUGUUGGAUUGAGUUGAAGUAGUGAAGCAGAUGAAUUUUCUUCCUAAUUAGGGUAUAAUCAAGGAUAAUGUUUGUGUAAGGUUAUCAUAUUGUUCCCAAGAUGGGGAAAAUUUGUCUGCUUCAUUGCUAAACUCACAAUUCCUAGUUCCCUAAUCAAAAUGUUAGUUUAAAGGUU